AUGGCCAGUGAACAAUCAACAUCUUCAGCAACUUCUCGAAUGCCUAUAGCUGCUGUUGGAAAGUCAACACAUUCGUUUGAUAAGCGGACGACUCCAACUUCAUCCAGUAAACUGCCUACACGUUCAUCGGCACAAAAACUUCUUGGGACAGAGACCUACAUAGAGGCACCAGACUGUCCAAAUGGUGUUCUACCAACCAGAAAAAGAGUUAUAGAAAACAUGAUGUACCUGAUGAGGCCCAAUCGUGCUGGCAAGAAACAGAGAUCUAAACAGGAAGCUGCGCUAAUUUUGUCUGAACUUCUGCAGGAACACUGGAUUUACUGUAAUAUAUAUACGAUCCGCACACGACACAUUCAAACUAACAUACUGAAACUGUAUAUGGAAUUCACUAAUCUGAUACAGACAAGAAAAAGUCGUCGGAAUGAAAGUUAUUAUGAGAAAGUUCGACAAUUCAAUGAAAAUCGUGACAAACUGUUUGACUUAUUUUGUGAGGACCAGGACAGUCGGAAGCGUUUGGAGAAUGCAUACGGUGUGAACAUGAUGAGGAAUGAAUGGGCUUUUCUCACUGACCAAAGAAACCAGCGUGUAAUGUACUCUGAACAUUUCUUCGAUCAGAAGUGGGAAAAGACAAUGGAAAGGCGGCGUUAUGAUCUACAAUCUUUAGAAAGAAUGAGAGAAAAGGCAGAUAAGCAGAAGAUAAAAACUGAGUCGACAAUACAGCUGAGUAGUGAGAGCGAGUUUGAAGGAAAUGACCAAAUGGACAGCGAUACCGAAAUGCAGUGGAAUGAUUCUGAUGGUUUUGAUGAUCUUGCAAAGCGACGACGCAAACUUUUAUGUAGCCAUAGUCCAGAUAAAACAGACAAUUUUCCACAGCAGUAUCAACAUAUCAGAGAAAGUGCGCGCAAAGUUAGACCCAAGGUCUACGAGACCAUAGACAAGUUGAAAAGUCAGUAUCAUAUGUCCAACCGUCAGCCAGAAGCAGCAAUAGUGACCGUCGGCAACAGGAUAUUUGGACGAAAAUGGAAAUUUCACGACGAGUCCGAUAACAUUGAUCUAGACACUCUUCCUGCACUGAAAAAUGUCAGAGAGGUGGGAAAGAGUAUAGAGGCCCUAGCACUGGACGAGAUCGUCAAGGAGAUAAUGAUAAGUGAUGAACAAACUGUUGUGAAUUACAGCGACGAUGGGUCUUAA